UCUUCCUCCGACGCCCCGUCUGCUCUCCGUCCAAACAACUCGCUCUCCAACCGCAAGCCGGGAGUCCUGCCUGCCAACCUGGAGGAGAUGAAGGUGGCUGAGCUGAAGCUGGAGCUGAAGCUGCGCGGCCUCCCCGUGUCGGGAACUAAAACUGAUCUGAUCGAGCGGCUGAAGCCUUUCCAGGAGAACCACAACACCUCCGCUCCGAGCAACAACUCUAUCUCCACCACCAACAUGCAGAUGGAGGUCAAAACCAGUGUCCUUUCUCCACACGAGAACAUGAACCCAACAUCGCCACUCUCGCCAAUCCCCGCCGAGCGCUCCACCCAGGACGGAGGAAAACCUGAGACUCCGUCAUUUGAAACGCACAUGGUGACCUCCAACUGGACCCCCACCUUCCAGUCUUUCCAAAUCCCCCAGGAGAAGGACAGGCGGCUGCACGAGAAGGAGCAGCAGAUCGUGGAGCUGAUGAAGAAGCUGGAGCAGGAGCAGAAGCUGGUGGAGGAGCUGAAGAUGCAGCUGGAGGUGGAGAAGAGAGGCUGCUCCGCUGACUCUCCCACCGUCACCUCUCUACCUGCCGUGAAUCUCCUGAACUCUAACGUGGUCAAAAUGGAAGGAGCAGUGCUAUCAAACUGUGCAUCCACCACUGCUACCAUCCCUAAUCAGAUCCUGGGCUCCACCUCUCUCUCUCCUCGGCCCACCGUGGUGAAGUUGGAGGAUCUGACUGUUUCCUCUGGGAAGCCGAUCCAGAUUCAGACCCAGACGCAGCUCAUCUCUCAGAUCCAGCCCCAGAUCACCAGCAGGAGUCCCAACAUGCAGACCCAGCAGUUCUUCAUCAGCCACCAGGGCAGGGUGGUGCCUCAGACGCUGCUGACCACCACCGGACAGGCGGGGACUCAGAUCCUCCUCCCAGUGUCGCUGCCUAGCAACGCAACUGCCAUCCAGCUGCCCGGCAACACCGUCAGCCUGCAGCCUGUUCUGCAGACCACAGUCCAGAAUCCAGGCCUGGUGCACGCCUCGGGUCCUCAGCUGCAAACCACUAAGAUGGAGGCGUCACCAAGGCAACAGUUAACCAACAACAACAACAACUCCCUGCUGCAGACUCUGACGAUGUGCAAUAACUCUUCUGGUUUGGAGAACCAGACGAGGCCGGAUCUGAGUCCCCAGAGUUUCCUGAGAAGCUCGCCCGACAACAGAGUCUCUCCACGGGCUUCCCCCAACAGCCACACCUCCAACGGACCCCUCAACAAGGUACCUUCAGUCUGUACUAUAGCUGUAUACUGUUGGUUGUUUUAAUGAUUUAUUUUGAGACAUUUGCCCAUUGCUUAGACAAUUUUCCAC